AUGGAGGGUCGUCAACAAGCUACGCUGGGUGUUUCGAUCACCUUUUUCUCAAUCGCCACUAUAUUUGUCACCCUUCGCUUCAUUUCACGAAUCUUUGUGGUCAGGAAAGUUGGGUUACACGAUUGGUUGAUGUUGGUCGCAUGGGUAGGAUACCUCGACUUGAUCCCUGCAUGUACCCGGGGAUGUAGCGAGAGCGGACUCGAUCUGUUGGCGAACCGGGCACAUGAUGGGAACCUCGUGCUAGAGCUCGGAGGCUAA